AUGCUAGCAAUUAAAGUUUCUACACUGAAUGAUACUGAAAAAGAAUGUGUUCUUGUAUUAGAUGAGAUGUUUCUUGUUGAGGGUUUAGUAUACGAUAUCAGUUCAAAAUCAUUUGUUGGUAAUGUAACGUUGCCUGAACAUAAUGGUGUUGUAAACCACGCAUUAGUGUUUAUGUUAGCUGGUAUAUCUAGCCGUUGGAAGCAGACAGUUGCAUAUUACUUCACUAGUGACUCAGUGAACGGCAAUACUUUCAAAACAAUUAUAAUUGAAAUUAUCUCAAAAGCUGAAGCGUUAGGACUUAAAGUAAAUUCAGAUACAUCUGACAUCAGUUAUGAUUGUGCAGUCACGUAG